CACCAGGGUUGUCUUUCGUGCGAACUGCGUCUUGUACUCAGCCGCUUCCCUCUGAACAUCCUUACCUUCGUCCAAGAUGCCGCGGCCCGUGAAGCCUCCGAUGACCCUGAAGGAGGCCAAGCGGGCUCACAAGAAAGAGGGAGGUUUCCGAUACACUGCGUCGCAAAUGGCACGCGCAGACAGGUUGGAUGCCCGAGAAGAGAAGCGAAAGAAGGAGCUAGAGAAAGAGAGACAACGGACGGAGAACAAGCGCAAGCGGGAAGAGAAGCUUGAAAGGGAGCGAGUUGUCAGACAGAAGAUGCUGGACGAAGGCCGAAUCAGUGUCGAGGAGACCUGGGGGAAGGUGACCGCCAGUCAACCCAGACUGAACAAAUUCUUUGGACAGAAGCCGGCACUUCUGUCGUCGAAGAGGAUGACAGGAAUUCAAUCUAUUGCGGAGGAAGAGGGUAUGCAAGCAGCUGAGCCAGCUACUGAGGGUCAAGAAGAGAAAACUUUUCGUCAUGAGCUCCACGACCAUUCACCAGAAGACGUUGCGGAGGUCGCACCUGUCCAAGAUCCUCCUAAGUCGGCGAGCCUUCCUUCUGUCCCCUCUUCAAACAUGAAACUCUCUCAAAAAGGACGAAACAAUCACUCAACAGUGCCCACUUCACCAAAACCGACAUCGUCUGCUCCUUGCGCGUCACCAAAACUCAGAGAGCUGCGCCCUUCGCAGAUCAAUUCUCGACGGCUAGUAACGAGUCAAUCUCUGCAUGAAAUCAAGACAGAAUCACCACAGAGUCCUGCAGGAAAAUCACGGCCAAUUUCGAGCUUUCCAUCGACUGUCUCCUCUAGGAAUGAAGUCUCCCAAGGCUCUCCGACAGAGAUACUGCUUCCCAAGAAUGAACUUGGAAGCACAUGCCGCGAAAGCAGUAAACAGAACCAGGGAGACGAUUCAGACCAAGGACGUCGUUGUACAUCAAGUAGAUGUCUGGAUGAAGAUUUCACUGAUGGUAUAGAUGACGAGACGUUUCUCAUGCUAUGCGCUACACAAAGGUCUCUCCCAGAUGAUCUAUCGACACGAGAGAAUUCACCAACUACAGCUACACUCUGUAUGACUCCGGCACGAUACUCCCCCAGACAUAAAGCAAGCCCUGUCUCAGCAAGAACAAGUCCGAUCUCAAAGUCCAGCGUCCCACUAUCGAAGGGUCUUUCCGAAAGCUUCAACUCGGUGUUCAACGAAAUUGAAGACGAAGAUUUCAUUGCCCUUGCCCAGGAAGUGGAGGCCGAAAUGGCCAUGUCGAAACAAACACCACCCAUACUAUCAGCAGCAAAAAAGACAGCUCCAAUGGCUCCACCUCCACUCCUACCGUCCAAACCCCGAAAAGAGACGUACAAGCGACAGUCGCCGGGCGCAAAGAUCAAAAUACAGAAGCCAGAGUCACCACGGCUACAGCCAAAGGGAAAGAGGAGACUGCCAUGGGAUCUUCCAAGGGAUGAUUUCAUGGACCUCGGUCCGUCGACGCAAGCUCUGACGCUGGAACUGUUAGAACAGGCUGAAGCGAACAUGAGGUGAGAGAGCGAAGCAAAAUGCGUUCGGACAUACCAUACACGAAAUCUGAUGACUUUACGAACUUUAUGAGGUGUCUGGAGGGGCACUUCGUUCACCAGCAAGGGAACGUGGACUCUGGUUCAACGAGGCGCUACAUUAGCAUUCCAUACGACGGCCGGUACCACGACUACCAUCAAGGAUCACAGUAACCUGCACGACACGACAGCAUCAUCGGACAUUUAACUUAUAAUCGGAUCAAGGUCGCAUAGCGUUGGAAAUGGUUUGGUUGCAUACUGCAUGGCUGAGUUAUAGACUCGGCGACUAUGGCGUUUGCCGGCAUUUGGAUAAAAGCAUCAUUGCGGAGUGAUACGCCACCGGAUGGGAUCGGAUGGGUAAGGGCAUUUGCUAGACAGGGACAGGGAUACGGUCUCCGGAGACAUUGCUGUUUUUCAACUUUGUUUCUUGCAUGUUGCAUAUAAUACCCGGCAAGGACAAAGGCUAGCGUGGAACAUGUUGCAUUUCUGGGGCCAGCGAGAGCUCGAGCGCGAGCACGAGCGGGACCGGGACUAGGACUAGAAUCUCAGCGACAGAGCAUGCUCGUGCCCUGUGAAAAAUGAAGGCACUUGAUCGGUGAACAAUACUCGAUACUGUCCCCAAUUCCCCAUCGAGGGAAAGACCUCCUACGCAAAAAAGGGUAUUGGAGUCAGAAACC